GCUGAGUUACUGGGACAGAGGAGAGAGCUGCAGUCCCAGCCUUGCAUCCUUCCAUGGGGCCAGCCAAGCCCCCAAGAGCAUGGCCGCCUGGGCAGCGGAGCCAGGGCCUGGGCAGCCUAUGAGCACAGGGUGAAGCCUGAGCUCUCAGAUGGCCAACACCACAGGGCUGAACGCCACCGAAGUCUCAGGCUCCAUGGGGUUGAUCCUGGCAGUUAUUGUGGAGGCGACAGCGCUGCUGGGCAACGGCGUGCUGCUGGUCGUGGUGCUACGCACGCCAGGACUGCGCGACGCGCUCUACCUGAUGCACCUGUGCAUCGUGGACCUGUUGGCCGCCGCCUCCAUCAUGCCGUUGGGCCUGCUGGCCGCGCCGCCGCCGGGGCUGGGCCGCUUGCGCCUGGGCCCCGCUCCCUGCCGCGCCGCGCGCUUCCUGUCGGCUGCGCUGCUGCCGGCCUGCACGCUCGGCGUAGCCGCGCUGGGCCUCGCGCGCUACCGCCUCAUAGUGCACCCGCUGCGGCCCGGCUCACGGCCUCCGCCCUGCCUCGUGCUCACGGCCCUUUGGGCCGCGGCGGCGCUGCUGGGCGCGCUCUCCAUGCUCGGGCCGCCGCCCGCACCGCCCCCAGCCCCAGCCCGCUGCUCUGUCCUGGCCGGGGGCCUCGGGCCCUUCCGACCGCUCUGGGCGAUGCUGGCCUUCGCGCUACCCGCCCUCCUGCUGCUCGGCGCCUAUGGCAGCAUCUUCCUGGUGGCGCGCCGCGCUGCCCUGGGGCCCCUGCCGCCCGCGCGCGGAGCCCGGCCGCGCUCCGACUCUUUGGAUAGUCGCCUCUCCAUCCUGCCGCCCCUCCGGCCUCGCCUGCCGGGGGGCAAAGCAGCCCUGGCCCCCGCACUGGCCGUGGGCCAAUUCGCAGCCUGCUGGCUGCCAUACGGCUGUGCGUGUCUGGCGCCCGCUGCGCAGGCCGCAGCGGCCGAGGCGGCCGUCACCUGGGUAGCCUACUCGGCCUUUGCGGCUCACCCCUUCCUGUAUGGGCUGCUGCAGCGCCCGGUGCGCCGGGGACUGGGCCGCCUCGCCCGCCAAGCACUGCGUCGGCCCCCGCGAGCCUGCACUCUGCGGGUCUGGCACCCGCGGGCACUCCUGCAGCACCUCCAGGGACCUCCAGAGGGCCCUGCCCUAGGCCCCGCUGAAGCACCAGAACAAGAUCCGGAUUUGGCAGGAGGGGAGAACCUCAGCAUGCCAAAGGCCACCUGAGAGGAGAUUUGUCUCAUAUGCUGAACUGAGACUGGAGAAAAGAGGCUGGUAUCAGAAGGGAUCUGUCCAGCCUCCUGCACAGGUUGUGGCAGGUGUCCUGCUUAGACUUCUGACUCUGGAAUGGGAAGAAAGGGGGCCUGCAGCCUGGUGAGGCCCAGAGGCUUCUGGGAUCUAGGAAUCCUGGGUUCUGGGCCUAACUGUACAUGGCCUUGUGCACACACCUACCCUUCCCUAGGCCUCAGUUUUCCCUUUGGACCCUGGACCAUCUCUGAGGGCUUCUCCAGUGCCCAGUGGUUUGGACACCCAUGGAUGAUGCCCAAGCCAAGGACAGAGCAGAGAUGGGCAGGAUCACAAAGAGGGCGCUAAGGGCUCACAGCCAAAGGAAUGGACGAAGCAGGGCGGGCGCUAGGUUAUAGCCACAGCAGGAGGAACCAGUGGAGAGACAUUCAAAGACUUCCCUGACAUCUGAACCAAGGAGAGGUUGGACAAAGCUACUGGAACUCCUCCAUCAGCUUCUAAAAUGCCCAGAAAACAACCGGAUCAAUAUGGUGCUAGAGGCAGGAGACUGGACACGU